UCCUGCCCCACGGUACUUAGUGAGCAUGCGCAUGUCAAUCUUCCUUUUUCCCGUGCAGCGGAGUCAAGCCUCAGUCUUUGACUCCGGGCUCCUUCUAAAGGAGACGAAAAGACUGCAAAAUGGGUUUUGUCAAAGUGGUUAAGAACAAGGCCUACUUCAAGAGGUACCAGGUCAAAUUCAGGAGGAGGAGAGAGGGAAAGACUGACUACUUUGCCCGUAAACGCCUGGUUGUUCAAGAUAAGAACAAGUACAACACACCCAAGUACCGCAUGAUUGUGCGUUUCUCCAACAGGGACAUCAUCUGCCAGAUCGCCUAUGCAAAGAUUGAGGGUGACAUGAUCGUGUGUGCUGCUUACUCACACGAGCUGCCAAAAUAUGGGAUAUCUGUGGGCUUGACAAACUACGCAGCAUCUUACUGCACUGGUCUGCUGUUGGCCCGCAGACUAUUGAACAAGUUUGGUCUGGAUAAGGUGUAUGAAGGCCAGGUGGAGGUGACGGGUGACGAGUUCAAUGUCGAGAGCAUUGAUGGUCAGCCAGGCGCUUUCACCUGCUACCUGGAUGCUGGACUUGCAAGAACCACCACAGGCAACAAGGUGUUUGGUGCUCUGAAGGGUGCUGUGGAUGGAGGCCUGUCUAUCCCACACAGCACCAAGCGCUUCCCUGGGUAUGAUACCGAGAGCAAGGAGUUUAAUGCUGAGGUCCACCGCAAGCACAUCAUGGGCAUCAAUGUGUCCGAGUACAUGAGCUAUCUUAUGGAGGAGGAUGAGGACGCCUACAAAAAGCAGUUCUCCCGUUUCAUCAAGAACGGAGUCACCCCAGAUAUGGCAAGUAUUUUUAUCGAGGAAAUGUACAAAAAGGCUCAUGCUGCUAUACGUGAGAAUCCUGUUCAUGAGAAGAAGCCUGCCAAAGAAGUUAAGAAGAAGAGGUGGAACCGUGCCAAGCUCUCUCUGGCUCAGAGGAAAGACCGUGUCGCCCAGAAGAAGGCAAGCUUCCUUCGGGCUCAGGAACAGGAAGAUGCUGACUGAGUGUCUCUGCUCAGUUCCAAUGCAGAAAUUUGUUCUAAUAAAUAUGGAAAAGAAA